CCCGUCGGCACAUUUCCCCAGGUCUUUAACCACCGGGCCCUGAUGAGUGAGCGAACACCGGUGUGCUUACUCACCCACUGCAGCUGUAAGGAGGGGGGGGAAGGGCGGUACCUGGGGAGAGACACAGGAGGAAACAGGAAAAAAAAGGAAAGGAACAUACACUACGGCCGUAACGCUGGCCCCGCCCCUUCCCAUCAGUCCCAUCUUGUUCAGUCAGGGAAUCGAAGAGUGGACUUAGUCCCCUACCUGAGAGCCUACCUGUAUUCAGUCAAUCAUUAAUCCCAGUGUCCAGGAAGGUCUCUCUCGGUGAACAUGGGUCCUCGUACAGGCGGAACUGAUUGGACUCCGUAGUCCACAGGCUUUUAUUUCCGUUUAAAAUUUCAGUUUGACAACCAGGAUCUCAGCAGCACUUCUUCAGGGUGAGCUGUGCCAGCCGGUUCCCUUCACAGCACCGAGGGGCCGACCCGAGUGUGUGAUCCUGUGAGAAGAUGAGUAAAGGAUCCAACUGCAGCUGGGUGGGGGCAGAGAUUCCUCUGUCCUCUCAGUUCUUCGAUGUGAUCAGGAAGGACCUCUGGCUGUUCCUCAUUCCUGCUGGCCUGGCCCUCAUCAUGCUCAUCUUGUUCCUGGAGGAGAUGGGCUUCUUCUACCGAAAUGUGUCAUCCUCCAGGCGCAGGCGUCUCUCCCUGUGGAUCCUGGGAUUGUACCCGGCGUUUGGAAUGACGUCCAUCACUGCUCUGUACGUGCCUCGCUCUUCCUCUCUCUGCAACUUCAUCGCUUCACUGUAUCACUCCAUAACGUUGUUUAAGUUCAUGGGCCUGAUCACAGACUUUUUUGGGGGGAAGGCGCGGAUGAUUGAGGUUCUGGCCGGACAGCAGGUUUCUCCAGACCCCUUUCCCUGCUGCUGCUGCUGCUGUAUGCCCCUCAUCGCCAUCAGCAGUUUCAGUCUGGGCUGGAUGACUGCGGCUGUAAUCCAGCUCUCUGUGGUGAGAACCAUCCUGUUCUUCCUCAUGCUGGUUCUUUGGACAGAUGAACAGUAUGACUAUGGAGAUGUGGACUCUGUUAACCCCAAUGUCUACGUCAAUGCCAUCAUCGGUGUGUCCACGUUCCUGUCCUUCUACGGGUACCUUCUCUUCUACAAGGCCACCAAGCAGGGACUAAAAGGGUUUGGGCUCCGGGCCAAAUUCAUCUGCAUCAUCGUGGUUCUGGUUCUGUGUGGCCUGCAGAGCGGGAUCCUGGAGACUAUGGGGGCGCUGAAAGUCAUCCCCUGCAGCCCCCCUUUCUCUGACCUCAUGAGGUCCCAGCUUAUAUAUCACUAUUCGGUGAUAGUGGAGAUGUUCUGCAUCAGCUUGUCUGCUCGACAAAUCUUCCGGAAGGUGGAACCCUACUCAGAAGAUCUAGGGGUGGAGCCUAUCUCAGAGGAGGUCCUGGGGGUGGAGCUACAGCCAAGGAGAGGGCAGAGAGAGAUGGAUAUUCAGACAGAGCAAGUGUGGCCUGCCGAGAGCCAGACCAAAACGAUACCCGAGGAACUGUGGCCAGGCAUCUCAGGGGGUGGAGCUAGCAAUCCUGGAUACAACAGCGAUAGUGAGGACAGUUUGUGCCGGAUUGAACAUGCUCCUCUGGAUCACUUCAUGUUCCCGAAGAAAGGCAUGACUUUGCCCAGUUCUUCGCAGCCUGCAAGCUCAAAGAACAGAGAGAUUAGCUCUAUGGAGAUGUCCACAGUUACCCUCAACCCUGGGAUCCAGAACAGUGAGAGCAGAGAAGCCACCAUUGUCUAAUGGUCAGUCUGUGAGAUAUGGGCACAUAGACACAAUGUCCUUACCUUUUCUGUUUUCUGAAAACCACCGUCACACUUGGCCAAAGUGUGAUUUUUUGUUGAGCAUCUGUUUUGGAGAAUACCAAAGAAAUUGGAGACAUUUUGUCAUUCUUGGUUGUGUUUGUGUGCACUGUCAGAAGUACUACAGUCAGAACAACUGCAAACCAGAUACAUGAUUAGACGGACCCUGAGAGCACAUGAGGAAGAAGGGGGAAGUAUGUUUCACUUCUAGUUAGGUAGCAAGGUAUUGUUCACAUACCAUUUUGUUUUUGCUAUAUUCUAUUCUGUAAUACUUUAUUACUUCAUAAAUGAAUUGUUUUGCUUCCCCUGUCAUAUGCUGGAUGUGUCUAUUAUUAAUUCUUUUUUGCUUUAGUGAGUAAACAAGCAGUUGGAAAGUUGACCUGGAAUUUUUUUAACACUCACAGAAUGAUGACAAGUCUUCCAGUGCAACAUAUUUUAAUGAAAAGCAGCAGUUCUUUUUCAUUACAAACAACACAAUAGCUUUUAGCUGACCACAAACAGAGACACUCGCUCUCUGCUUGCUUAUCUUUGCUGGAAUAUUAGCAACGAGCUAAGUAAAAAUAUAGCCGCAAGCGGCGAUGAUCAGGGUCCAAGCAGAUUGGGAGCAUUUGGAUGCUUGUUUGUUAUUUAAUUGUUAAUGAAAUGUGGUUUUCAUGAAUGCAAGCUGAAAUGAUGAGACACAGUCAACCGAAGAACUUGAAGAUUUAGCAUUAAGACCAGGUGAAGUAAGGCAAAGGCAGGGUUUGAACCCUCAACCUUUGGAUUGGGAAACAAAGUCCUUUUCACUAAGUUACUGGCAAAGUCAGUGUUGAGUACAUGUAUGCAUGAACAAAAAAUAUGAAAGGCUGUAAUUCCACAAAGUUUUUGAAACAUGAGAUACAUUGUGAAUUGAAUACAUUUUACAGUUUAGAUACUUAGGUUAAUUGUAUACUUUUAGCACAAUUUGGUGUACUCAUUUUAAAAUGGAGAUGAAUGGAGUAUUUCUUAAAUGUAUGUAAUUGUCUGUAUUCAUGUGUUCAUUUGAAAUUGAGUCUGAUCUUAAAUAUUUAACAAAUUAAA